GUCCGUUAUGCUGGACGCCGAUCGGAGGCAUACAGUAUAUAGGAUGGAAGUGUCUUGCGCCAGAAUGUCAUUGUGUCAUUCCUACAGCAGCAACUUCUUGGAAGCACUCAUUGUCCGAUCAAAUCGACCUUAACUCUUCCUUACGCAUUACCUCACGCAACAUAAUUGGAUCGCUCCAUCCUCAAAUAUGGAUGUCGCCUACCUGGUAGCACGCAAAUUGUUCGACCACAACGACAAUAAGAAUAGCACGGACGAUGCGUGUCCUGAAGACCCAACCAAUGUUCCGGCCGAUCAGAUGAAGGCGGUAGUCGGCUCAUUGAUGUUCCACGACUUCGCAACUAUACUGGCCGGUGCUUGCAGUCUUGCAGCGUUACUUAUCGUCUCGGUAGCCAUCGUUCGACAUGCCACAAAUUUCACGAAUCCCAUCCAGCAGCGACAAGUCAUCCGCAUCUUGAUGCUCGUACCUUGGGUCGCGCUGUUCUCGUUCCUCAUUGUCUGGCAAGAAGACGUCGGAGAGUACCUCGUUGAAUCGCUGGACUUCGGAUGCUCAAUCGCCAUCUCCGCAUUCCUGCUUCUACUCUGCGACUACAUCCUUUCGAAUCCCGGUGGCUUCGACGAGCUCUUCGGCCAAGGCGCAUCGAAGGUCGCAAGAGAAGGCGUGGACAGCCCAAAAUGGCUAAAACGAACCUGGUACAUGGUCCUCCAGUACUUUCCCGUAUCGAUCAUCGUCUGGCUUGCCACCGCAAUCUCUCUCGCCGUCGGCACCUACUGCGGCGCCUCCAACAAGCCCAGAUUCGCACACAUCUGGCUCCAGGUCAUCAAGAUCGUGUCGACCAUGUUCGCCGUUCUCGCCUGUUUCCGCUUCUACAAGAUGAAGAAGGACCAGCUCGCGCCGCACAAGGUCAUGCUCAAGUUCCUCGCCUUCAAGGGCAUCAUUGGUCUGAACGUCCUCCAAGUGUUCAUUAUUGGUAUACUCGUCGGCAAUGGCACGAUCAAGCCGACGGAGCACAUGACAUACCACGAUAUAAAGACUGCGCUGCCCAGCCUGAUUCUGGCGUGCGAGAUGCCACUGUUUGCGCUGUUGCUCGUCUUCGCCUUCCCGGUGGGCGUUUACAAGGCCGAGGGAUGCAGCCCGGCUGCUGGCCCACUUUCGGCGAUGGCGCAGGCGUUCAACAUCACAGAUUUGAUGAGCUGCUUCGUGAGGGGUCCGAUGCGAUUGCUCAGGGAACAGCAAUGGGGAAUGCAGCGGGCUCAGAGUUUCCCUCUCCACGCUGAGGGCGGAGUGGUUGUGAGUGAGGGCGGAUACACCGCGGAACCUUACGGGUACAACGCGCAUCCUCGUGUAUAGAUCAAUAGGGCUGCAGGUUCUCCUUGACUAGGUUGGUGAGCCGAUGUUUUUGCUUAGCGUUAUUGCAUGAUAGAUACGUAGAAAUAUUCCGUC